GGCGGGCCCUCCGCCCUAGUUUCUAAGGAUCAUGUCUGCGAGUCAGGAUUCCCGAUCCAGAGACAAUGGCCCCGAUGGAAUGGAGCCCGAAGGUGUCAUCGAGAGUAACUGGAAUGAGAUCGUUGACAGCUUUGACGACAUGAACCUCUCUGAGUCCCUCCUUCGUGGCAUCUAUGCCUAUGGUUUUGAGAAGCCCUCUGCCAUCCAGCAGCGUGCCAUUCUUCCUUGUAUCAAGGGUUAUGAUGUGAUCGCUCAAGCCCAAUCUGGGACUGGGAAGACGGCCACAUUCGCCAUAUCGAUUCUCCAGCAGAUUGAAUUGGAUCUGAAGGCCACCCAGGCCUUGGUACUAGCACCCACUCGGGAACUGGCCCAACAGAUACAAAAGGUGGUCAUGGCAUUAGGAGAUUACAUGGGUGCGUCCUGUCAUGCCUGCAUCGGGGGCACCAAUGUGCGUGCUGAGGUGCAGAAGCUGCAAAUGGAAGCUCCCCACAUCAUCGUGGGCACCCCUGGCCGCGUGUUCGACAUGCUUAACCGGAGAUACCUGUCUCCCAAGUACAUCAAGAUGUUUGUACUGGACGAAGCUGAUGAAAUGUUGAGCCGUGGAUUCAAGGACCAGAUCUAUGACAUCUUCCAGAAGCUCAACAGCAACACCCAGGUGGUUUUGUUGUCAGCCACAAUGCCAUCCGACGUGCUCGAGGUGACCAAGAAGUUCAUGAGGGACCCCAUCCGGAUUCUCGUUAAGAAGGAGGAGCUGACCCUGGAGGGUAUCCGCCAGUUCUACAUCAACGUGGAGCGCGAGGAGUGGAAGCUGGACACACUGUGCGACUUGUACGAAACCCUGACCAUAACCCAGGCUGUCAUCUUCAUCAACACCCGAAGGAAGGUCGAUUGGCUCACUGAGAAGAUGCACGCCCGGGACUUCACCGUCUCUGCCAUGCAUGGAGAUAUGGACCAAAAGGAGCGAGAUGUGAUCAUGAGGGAGUUCCGCUCUGGCUCUAGCCGAGUACUGAUUACCACUGACCUGCUGGCCAGAGGCAUUGAUGUACAACAAGUUUCUUUAGUCAUCAACUAUGACCUUCCCACCAACAGGGAAAACUAUAUUCACAGAAUUGGCCGUGGUGGACGCUUUGGUCGUAAAGGUGUGGCUAUUAACAUGGUGACAGAAGAAGAUAAGCGGACUCUCCGAGACAUCGAGACCUUCUACAACACCUCCAUUGAGGAGAUGCCCCUCAAUGUUGCUGACCUCAUCUGAGAGGGGCUGUCCUGCCACCUAGCCCCAGCUGGGGUUCAGUCCUCAGGGGCUGAGGAGCAGCAGGAGGGGGGAGGGGAGGGAGCCAAGGGAUGGACAUCUUGUCAUUUUUUUUUUUCUUUGAAUAAAUGUCACUUUUUGAGGCAAAAGAAGGAACCGUGACCAUUUUAGAAACCCUUUUCUUUGGGGUAGGCUCUUGCCCCAGGCGCCGUCUCCUCCCAAAAAAAAAACACUAAUCCAUUUCCCUAACCUAGUUACCUCCAGGUCCCAGAGCUCUCCCACCCCAGCUGAAUUCCUCCGAACUUGAUUCAGGGGCCGAAAACAAGUCACUCAACCUCAUGUGCCGGACCAAACCUGCAAGGAGCAGCCCCCAGUGAGGUUGCCCAGUGAUUGAACCCAGCUAGGGGAGCAGGGGAGAGAAAAUGGUAGCCAUUUUUACAUUGUUUUGUAUAGUAUUUAUUGAUUCAGGAAGCAAACACGAAAUUCUGAAUAAAAUGACUUGGAAACUG